AUGGACGACUUCCUCCUAUCUGACGUCGCCGAGGACGACGUCCGCGUGACGUCCCUGUUCGGCCAGCGCCACCACAGGUACGCCGGGGGGGCGAGGAGGGGGAAGUCCUUCCUCUUGAGUCUCUUCCUGAGAUACCUCAGGGCUCGAGGGUCUGAAAAUUGGCUGGAGGAUGAAGACACUCCGAUCACAGGGUUCGCAUGGAAAAUGAGUUCCAAGAGGGUAACGACGGGGAUUCACAUCUGGGAUGAAAUUUUUACAUUGAGGCUCGCCAACGGGGAAGAGGCAUGCGUCCUCCUGAUGGACACGGAAGGGACAUUCGACUGCGAGGAGUCCCUCGCUCAUAGCGUGACUGUCUUCGCCCUUAGCACCCUCCUCAGUUCCGUCCAGAUUUACAACCUCAAGGAAAACAUCCAUAUGGACGACCUCCUUCACCUCCAGGUAUAUUUCACUGGGUACGGCCGCCUGUGCCUCGAGACAAGCAACGACAAACCCUUCCAGAACUUCCUCUUCCUCGUGAGGGACUGGAGGAACCACCACGAGGUCCCCUAUGGAAGUGAAGGAGGGCAGGCGUUCCUGGACGAGAAACUCAAGACUUCUGGCAGACAGCGAGAGGAAGUGAAGAAAGUGAAGGAAGACAUCAAGUUCUGUUUUACGAAACUCAAUUGCUUCCUUAUGCCUUAUCCCGGGGAGAGAGUGGCUGGAGAUCCUCAUUUCAGCGGGUCUCUUUCUGAUAUACGGGAAGACUUCAAGGAUCAACUCCGUCUUUUGGUACAGCAGCUGCUCUCCCCAGAGAACCUGGCUCUCAAGACGAUCGCCGGCAGUCCCAUCACGUGCAAACAACUCUUCGAAUUCUUCAAAUGUUACAUCGGAAUUUACAACAACCGAGCGGAGAUCCCCGAGCCCAUGAGCAUCUUCGAGGCCACCGCCGAGGUACAGCACCGGAAUGCCUGCGACGAAGCAGUCAACCACUACACCAAAGGAAUGGACGGACACCUGGCAGAAACUCCCGUGCCCACUCGAAGGAGACUGAAUCAAGUUCACGCCUCACUCCGAGUGGAGGCGAUAGAGAAAUUCACGAGAUCCAAGAAGAUGGGCGGAAAAGAAGCAUUGGGAAGAUACAUCUUGCUUUUGAAUGAGAGCCUGCACGAGAAGCAUAAGAAGUACGAGAUACAGCGAGACGCGAGGGAGGAUCAGAUCAGGUCGAAACUGCUGGAAGCGGCAGCCCGCUCCCUCAAGGAGUACGGGGAAGAUAUGUCCGAGGUCUUGGGGACGGUCCCACUGGUGACCAAGGAGGAGCUGCGAGUGGAACACGAGGAGAAGAAGGCAUGGGCGAUUCAAGACUUCUUGCAGAAUAAGGAAAUUGCAGGGGAAGACCUCUUCACACAAUGCAAGGAGAAACUGGAGAAGGACAUCGAGUCCCAGUCAGCCUUCUUCUUCACCGAUCGGCAAUGGAAAGAGACCACUGCCAACGGGGACCUGAUCAACGCCAUCCAGUCCACCGUCUGGAUCUACUGUAGCCAGAUGGGCCACUCCUGCGGAGGAGCCGUCAUCACCGAGGAAGAGUUGGAGAGUGAGCACCGGAAGCACUACAAAGAGGCGAUCAACGCCUUCUUGGAGAGAACUCAAAACACACUCUGUCCAUAUCUUCUCGAUGGCCACCAUCAAAACUUGAUGAGGCGUAUGUCAAUCGAAUACGAGCGAUACAAAGCCUUCAGAAACUCCCAAGAGCACCAAGCUGAGUCUGCCCUCCAAGACGCGGUGGAGAGAAGCGUGAUAGUCUACGAGCUCGAGAUGUCCUACCACUGCGGCGGCAAGGACGAUGAAGGAAGGCAGGGAGUCACCGACAACCACCUUCUCACCAAGAAAGAGCUGCUCGAAGGACACGAGAAGUGCCGCAGAGAAGCUCUGCAGAUCUUCUGGGAGACUGGGGCGCAGUGGCCUCACCUCGCCGACAGAUACAAGGAGAAGCUGGAUGAGCGUCUGACAAGGGCGAAAGAUCAUCUCGAGAGGAAACGGAAAAACAAAGAAAAAAGAGUGGGAAGAUUGCUGGUGAAAUCCCUGAGGGCAAGGGCAGGGGAUUACCUCAGUGCUACCAGGAUGAAGAAAUUCUACGGAGAAACCGUUGUGACCGAGGAAGAACUAAAGGAAAACCACGAGGAACACAGGGACGCAGUCGUUCGCUCCUUCGUGGAAGAUGGAGACUGGGCCCCCGCCUGGCUCUUCCAGGAGUACCGAGACAUCCUCGUCACCACCCUGGAUGACUGGCACCGCUCAUUGGAAACGAAGAUGACGGAAGAGCGCGCGAAACGAUACCAGGCAGGAAGCAUCGUCGGCAUCGCUGCAGCAGCGGCCCCCUUGAUGGCGGGCGCGGUGCUUGGCCCCAUCGGCGCUCUGGGGGCCGGUGCUGCCAUAGGUGCUCUCGGCGGCACCUAUAAGUACUAUAACGAUGCAUGGAGGUGGCAGAACGAGGUCGUCCCUCCCGACCCUUCCAGCAUUCCAAUGUCCGUCUCGGGUUUGGUUGUCAAUCUCGUAUCAUCCGACGAAGAUAAUGCAGAAGUGGAGUCCGAGGAACAUGAGUCAGAAUAA